ACUGCACGCACUUAAUUUUUUCAUCCCUUUUAUUUAUUCAUUAAUUGUUACUGCUUAGAAAUAAAUUCUUCACUAAUUAGAAAAGUCAAAUUAUUCGAAAAAAGUCUUUCUUUUAUAUCGCAUAAGACCUAGAGUAUCUGUUGUUGUGGGGUGUGGGUGUCAGGAGAAUUGGAAUACCCACACCGACGCCGUACAACAAAAACGCUGCUUGCUCUGGAAAAGCAUUGUUUUAAAUUGUUUUUUUUAAAGAGCUAUCAAUUAUAUUAUGCAAUAGUUCGUUCUUCAUAGACAUUAGAGAAAAAAAAUGAGAAUAUCAUAUUGCCUGUAAGAACUUAAAAUAGAAAAAGUAAUAUUAACUAAGAAGACUUGAGGUAUGAAAUUUUCUCGUUUUAUAGUGUUUUCGAUGUAUUUUAUAAUUAUUUUAACCCUUGAACUUGAUCCACCAUAGCGAUUAUCGAAAAGUCACUAGAGAAAGGUUGCUUGCGUAAUCUCAGUGGAAUUGAAAUGAGUAACAAAAUGUAACUGCUCUUAUGAAUCAUAAGAAGAUUGCUUUUUCUUUUAUCGACUUUGACAGACAUAUCCUCACCAUCUUUUGUUAUGAUUCGUGAUGUGCCAUCCUCAACACGUCUGUGGGAAAUAUAGUGUCCAUGUAGGUGGGUGUGAGUAUAAAGAAAGUGUCACAACGCUUAAAGAUACUGAAAAACCAGUUGUCCAAAAAUAAACCUGAAUAUCAUGAUGUUACAAGGAAAAUUCAUAUCUGAUAAAAUUAAAUUAUUCGACAGACAAAUCAAAUAGAUUUCUUUUAAAUUUUAUUCAUUAUGGUUGAAUAAAUAAAAGUUUUAAUUCUAUUUUGCAUGCAAAACUAAAAGAAUAAUAUCUUUUAACACCUAGAACAAGAAAACAUUUAUAUAUAUAUAUAUAUAAAUAUACUACUAAUAAAUUUCAUAUUCGUAUUUUUUGUUUCUUCAAUAAAAUAUGUAUACAAAUUCAAUUUUUAUUUUUUUUAUUUCUCUAAGACAAGAGAUGGUACUCAGACGAGAUUAAGUCAUGGUGUUACAGAUUUAGAUAAUAAGACUCCUGUUGAAUUCAGUGCUAUUGGUUGUUAUGAAAAACCAACAAUUGAUUCUGAAAAACAAGAAAAUGAUGAUGAUAAAAGUCCAUCAAUGAAAAAUACCGAAUCUAAAACUAACACAACGAUUCCAUAUGAACUUCAAAGACGUAAUCAACCAUCUAUUACAGGAUAUAUACUUCUUGUUUGGAUUACGACAUUACUUUAUCAAGCAAUGCGACAUCUCUUUUCAUUGGAAGCACAAACGACUUGCAAUGCAAUAGUACAAUAUUUUGAAGUUUUUUGGAAUAAAUUAGAUGUUCUAGCUAUAAUACUUUUUUGUGUUAGUUUUAUACUUCGAUGUAUACCAUUAACGGAAUGUUUUUAUGCAGCAUGUAUUGUUUGGCCAAUUGAUAUAAUAAUUUGGUUUAUACGUUCAUUAGAUAUAUUUGUAGCUAUUAAACGACUCGGUCCUAAACUUGUUAUGAUUGGUGAAAUGAUCGAUGGAAUCUAUGUAAUUUCCAAUUAUUCAUUUUCUAGUAAUAUCUUCGAUCGUCUUCAAAAUGAUACAGAUCGAAUAUGGAAAUUUCAACGAUAUUCAUUAAUAUGUGAAUAUUUAUCUCGACCAUCAAUACCACCUCCAUUUAUUAUUGUUGCUCAUCAUUGGCGAUUGAUAUUAACUACUUUAUCACUAGAAGAAAAAUUUGCUAGUAAUAUUGAAACAAUUGAAGAUGCAUUUGGUGAUGAAGUUUAUUAUAAUUGUAUGAAGAGUGCUGGAAAAUUCACUGAAGAACAUGAUCGUGAUGAUGAAUGA